AUAUAAAAAGAACAAAAGACAAAGGACAAUUUCAACCAUUAUUCCUCUUCUUCUUGUUUAUUAUGAAAUCUUCACUUGUUCUCUUUGUGCUUGGUCUCUUUGUUGCUUCUGUUUCUGCUGCUUGUGACUGUAAACCUACGGAACAAGCCUGUAUUGACAAAUGUGUCAUGGCAGCCAAUAGCUGUAUUGUGAAAUGUGACAAAGAAGGUGGCAGUGGUUGUCGAGAUGCUUGUAUUACUUCCAAUUGGCCAUCUUCUAUGCAAGCACCCGAAAAAAAAGAUAUUUUGGCUCCCAAUAGUACUCAACCUGUUUCUUCUGCUAGUGCUGGUCCUACAUCAUCUGUAUCAGCUCCUAAUAGCAGUAUCAACAAGCCAAGUGGUAGUCCCAGCAUGGCUAAACCCACUGCCUCAAAUGUUCCCAAGACAAAUAUGGAUGUCAAGACCAAUGGUUCAACACAUCCAAUAGCUCAUUAUGGUCUUAUUGCUGCUGUUGCUGUAGGAAGUACUGUUUGGAUACUUUAAU